AAUCAAUUCAAGUGAGUGAGUGGAUUUGUUUGUCCUUGGCGAGGUACGGUAAGUUCUGACGGAUGAUGUGAUAAGUAGAUAACUAUAAGUAAUCUCCCAUCCCACUUCCCUCUGAUUCCCCCACAAGUGCAUUUUUUUUGCUCUUCCCUCUUGCUGGUCUUUGCAAUUCUUUGUUUUUGUGACCUUUUCUGGUUUACGCAGACAAGAUGGUGGCAAUGAUACGCUCCUCACUUGCGUUCGUCGGUGCCCUCUCCACCCUCAUUACGACAACAUGUGCAGCUGGCACCUUCACCCCAGAGGCCAUGUUGGGAGUGUCCAGACGAACGGGGGCGAUUCCGAAUGCGGAGGGUACUUUGGCUAUCUACACGGCCAAUAAGUACAAUUUUACGACUCAUAAGAGGACUUAUGAGGUUUCGGUUUAUGAUUUGACGACGGGCGCGACGACGUUGUUUAGUAAUUCUAGUGCGGCGAGUAAUCCGGUUUGGUUGGGGGAGGGGAGCAAGAUUGUUUGGUUCCAGAGUGAGGACGAUGGGACUACUUCUGUGCUUUUGGGAGAUGCUUUGCUGCCGGGUGCUGAGUAAGUUUGGUUAUUUACUUUUGAUGGGGAUUUGUGAAUGAAUUCUUGAGUUUUUGAGGAGUUUGGUUGUUCAAUGCUAAUUCUUAAGACCAAUUACUGCAGGAUCUAUCCCAGGCUCCGCUGACGGAUUGAAACUCGUCAAGACCAGUCCUGGAAACUAUGGUGUUGCAUUCUUCGGAUCUGCUUCUCCAAAUGGAUCGAUUUACAACUCCAACCUUCAAGAAAUCCCACUGUCUACUGGACGCAUGUACACUUCCAUUUUCGUCAGACAUUGGGAUACUUGUAAGUUUUAAGGCUUCAAGAGAAAAUUCAAAUGCUAAUUAAGGUCAGACCUUACGCCACAAAGAAACAGCAUUUGGUACACUACCUUGAGUGCUUCUAGCAACGGCAGUUACACAAACAGUUCCUCAAGUUACACAUUAGGUGAACCAAUCAAUGCCCUCCAAGGAAGUGGUCUCGAAUCUCCAAUUCCACCAAUGGGUGGCGCAGACAAGUAUAGAUAACCCGAUUCUCGUCCACAAAUUCCGAAUACUAACAUAUAUCAGCUACGAUAUCGGACCGAAUGGAAUUGUCUUCAUUUCCAAGGACCCAGUACUUAACGCUGCUACAACCACUAAAUCCGAUGUUUAUUUCCUCCCAUUAAAAUCAUUCACCGAAUCACCACCUGCACCUCAACAAGUUUCCACCCCAGGUCUCGAAGGUGCAUCUUCCACCCCGGUUUUCGGUCCAAAUGGUGUUUCGGUCGGUUUCGUCCGUAUGAAGGAUAUCUCUUACGAAAGUGACAAGAACCGUCUUCUCGUCGUUUCCGAUAUCACAAAAUCCACUGAAGCUGCCGAGUUCUACGCCACUGCAAAUGGAGUUGGUGCUUGGGAUCGUAGUCCUACUUCAGUAACAUGGAGUACGGAUGGAAAAUCUCUGUACCUCCCAACCGAAGACUACGGACGUCUACGUCUCUUCAGUAUCGCUGCAGACCCAACCGUCACCGCUUUGCCAAAGAUCAUCUACGCAGACUACGUUAUUGACGUCCACCCAGUAGCCAGCGGAAAGAUUCUCGUCAACGGCGCUGGAUUCUUGGAUAACUCAGUCUACAGCUGGAUCGAUCCCGUGCUCUCAGAAUCCACCAACGCCACCUCAGGAGUAACACUCAUCAACGCCAACCUCGGAUUUGGCGCCAAAUGGGGCCUCUCCAAGAGCCAAAUCUCAGAAGUUUACUACCAAGGAGACGGAGAUUAUAUGGUGCAAGCCUGGGUCAUCAAGCCCUCCUUCUACGAAGAAGGAAAGAAAUACCCUCUCUUCUUCUACGUGCAUGGUGGACCACAGGGCAGCACCGACGACUCCUGGUCGAACCGCUGGAACAUGAUGGUCUACGCGGAACAAGGAUACAUCGUUGUAGCCUUCAACCCUACCGGCUCCAUUGGCUGGGGCCAACAGCUCUGUGACCAGAUCCAGAACGAAUGGGGCGGAAAACCAUACAACGACCUAGUUCUCGGAUACGAGUAUAUCGAAAAGAACAUGCCCUUCGUCGACCUGGACAACGCCGUCGAAGCCGGUGCCUCAUACGGAGGCUACAUGACCUUCUGGAUCGCGGGCCACGACCUGGGCAAGAAAUUCAAAGCCCAAUUCGCGCACGACGGCUCCUUCAACACACUCGCGCAGUACACGUCCGAAGAACUCUGGUUCAUGCAACACGACUUCAACGGCACCCUCUGGGACAACUUCGACAACUACCAACGCUGGAACCCUGCAGCACACACCAAGAACUGGACCACGCCCCUACUAAUCGUGCACAACGAGCUCGACUACCGGCUCCCCAUCGCCGAGGGGCUAGCGGCCUUCAACGUCCUCCAAGCGAAGGGCAUCCCGAGUAAGUUCCUCAGUUUUCCAGAUGAGAAUCAUUGGGUUCUCAAGCCGGAGAAUAGUUUGGUGUGGCAUAAGACGGUGUUGGAUUGGUUGAAUGGGUUUGUGGGGUUGGAACCGGUUAGUAGGGCUGAUGAUGAGGGGUAUCGGGCGACGUUGCAGAGUGGACCGUGGUUUUUGAGUGCGGGGGGUCAGAAUGUGUCGAUUCAAAAUAAAUUGGGUGUGAGGGGUGAUGGUUCUUACGCAUGAAGUUAUGAUGCUUAUGGGCUGUAAUGAUAAAAUUUAAUGCCUGCUUUAUUCAUGAUGGAUUCUUU